CUGAAGCAGGUAGUGAUCCUCCUCAUCAACACUCAACAUGUUCAACAGCAGCAGGAGCUCCAUGGGAGGUGGAAUGUACGGCAGCUCCAUGUUAAUGGGAGGAGGUCGAGCGUCCAGCAGCUCCAUGUACGGUGGAGCAGGAGGCUCCUCCGUUAAGAUCUCCAGCAGCUCCUCUCAGUAUGCCAGCGGCGGUGGCGGCUAUGGCGGUGGCGGCUAUGGCGGUGGCGGCGGCGGCGGCAGCAGCAGCUACAGCUUCAGCUCUGGUGGAGGUUCUGGAUUUGGCUUCGGCUCUGGAGGUGGCGGCGGCGGCGGCAGCAUCGACAUCUCCGUCAGCGAGAAGGCCACCAUGCAGAACCUGAACGACCGGCUGGCCACCUACCUGGACAAGGUCCGCAAGCUGGAGAUCGCCAACGGGGAGCUGGAGCUGAAGAUCAGGCAGUUCCUGGAGAGCAAGACGUCGCCGUCUUCCAGAGACUACAGUGUCUACUACGCCACCAUCGCAGAGCUGCAGCAAAAGAUCCAGGAUGCCACCAAAAUCAACGGCGGCAUCUACCUAUCCAUCGACAAUGCCAAACUGGCCACUGACGACUUCAGGCUCAAGUUCGAGAACGAGCUGGCCAUGCGUCAGUCGGUGGAGGCCGACAUCGCCGGUCUGAGGAGGGUCCUGGACGAGCUGACCCUGAGCCGGACCGACCUGGAGAUGCAGAUCGAGGGCCUGAAGGAGGAGCUGAUCUUCCUCAAGAAGAACCACGAGGAGGAGCUGCUGUCCAUGCGCGACCAGAUGAGCGGCCAGGUGAACGUGGAGGUAGACGCUGCUCCUCAGGUCGACCUUUCCAAGAUCAUCGCGGAUGUCCGGGAAGAGUACGAGGCGAACGCCGCCAAGAGCGCCAAAGAGCUGGAGGGCUGGUUCCAGACCAAGUCAGAAGCACUGAACCAGGAAGUCGCUAUCAGCACCGAGGUCAUCCAGACGUCCAAAACAGAGCUCACGGAUCUGAAGCGGACUCUGCAGGGCCUGGAGAUUGAGCUGCAGUCUCAGCUCAGCAUGAAAUUGUCCUUGGAGGCCACCCUGGCCGAGACACAGAGCCGCUACUCCAUGAAGCUGUCUGGGUACCAGAUGCAGGUGACCUCCAUGGAGGAGCAGCUGAUGCAGCUGAGGGCCGACCUGGAGAGGCAGGGACAGGAGUACCAGGCGCUGCUGGACAUCAAGACCAGACUGGAGAUGGAGAUCGCCGAGUACAGAAGGCUGCUGGACGGAGAAGGCGGCGGCGGAUUCAGCAGCAGCAGCAAGAGCAGCAUGGUCAAGAGCAGCAGCAGCGGUGGAAGCUCGUCCAGCUCCAGCAGCACCAGCAAAACCACCACCAAGGUCAUCACGGUGGUGGAGGAGAUCGUGGACGGGAAGGUGGUGAGCUCGUCCCAGCAGGUCAUGUAAACAGACCCGGCGAGCUCCAGCAGGAGGCGCUCUCACAGAAACAAACACACGCCAAUAAAAAGUCUGCUGACGCGCUUCAAAAUAAAAGCUUAGAUGUUG